GUCAUCGUCAUCCCCUUCCUUCCUCCUCGGCAAACCAAACCCGAAGCGAACGACAACACGCGACAAGAAAGGAGAGGACGAUGGUGAGGAAGAGGAAGGAGCUGCUGUCGUCGGCGCCAUGGCGGACGGGGGAACCGGAGGAGGACGACGAGGCGUCCAGGAUGAGCCGCGAGGGGAAGGUCACCGUCACCAGCAACCCAGGGGAGACCCCCACCAUGAACAUGCCACGCAGCAAGCGCCCGGACCUCGACCUCGCCGUCGACGACUUCGAGGAGGACGAGAUCGACCCCGAGCUGCGCUACUCCUUCCAGCGCAACAGUAGGUUUCUGCGGAGAGUUUUCACCGUGGACACACUUGUCAAGCCUCUUCCUCCCGUGAUGGCAUACAGUGUCUCCCGCAAUGUGAACUUUUUCUUCAAAAUAUUCACACAGUUUUGGGACGAAGAGGGAAUCGCCAAUGCACAGAAAUCCCUUGGACUGGGAAGUGAGGAUAGCUCCCGGCGGUUUCGCUGAUUACCGACGUUCCAUGAAACAAGUUGCUGCACUAGGCUCUGGAGGACCUGUUUAUGAUAGAGAAUAUGGGUGUGGCCUGGCUAGUUUUGAUGACUUGUUUAUUAUGCUUAUAAGACGGGUGUGGUCUGUCUAAUUUUGAAGUUUCAUGCAUUUUCCAGUAGUAAAAAUGCUCGCAUUAUAUGCAGAUCUUUGUACUCAGGAAAGCUGUUUGUUUUCGUUUAAAUUUGAAAAGAUAAAAGUCGGUGCUUGUGCCUAAA